AACUCGAAAACAAAUCUGAAAAGGAAAAAAAGGAAAGAAAAACAAAUCUGAGACAGGCAACAGAGUGACCUGCACUGGGGUUGUGGGGAGAGUGAAGAGUAACGAAAAAAUGGGGAGCAUAACAGGGAGCACUCUCAGGCCCCCAAUAAUAACGAAAACAAGAAUCACACCCCUCUCUUCCCUUCUCAAAAGACCCCACUCUCUCACCCCUUCUUCCAUUUCCAAAUUCAAAUCCCUAUCCUCCUCAAGACCCCACACCCCACUCAUUCCCAAAUCCUCCACCGACGAUGCCGCCGCCGCCACCACCACCGUCACAUCCGCCGCAUCACCCCGAAACCUUAAAUCCCGCCUCCGAAACGGCGAAACCCUUUACGGCCUCUUCCUCCUCUCCUUCUCCCCCACGCUCGCCGAGAUCGCCGGCCUCUCCGGCUAUGACUUCGUCGUAGUCGACAUGGAACACGGCCACGGCGGCAUCAGCGAUGCGCUCCCCUGCCUCCACGCGCUGGCCGCUUCGGGGACCGCGGCGAUCCUCCGCGUUCCUGAAACCUCCGCCGCAUGGGCCAAGAAGGCCCUCGAUCUGGGCCCUCAGGGCAUUAUGUUCCCGAUGAUCGACUCAGCUCAAUGGGCCCAAAAAGCUGUCUCCUAUUGCCAGUUCCCCCCGGCCGGGCUUCGCGGCUCGGCCCACCCCGUCGUUAGGGCAUCUAACUACGGCAUCGACGAAGGAUACGUCGGUAAUUACCUGGACGAGCUUUUGAUCAUGUGCCAGGUGGAGUCGGAGGAGGGGGUGGAGAAUGUUGAAGAGAUCGCAGCCGUUGAUGGCGUGGAUUGCGUGCAGAUGGGGCCGCUGGAUCUUAGUGCAAGCUUGGGGUACUUGUGGGACCCAGGGAACAAGAAGGUGAAAGAGGUGUUGAGGGAGGCGGAGAGGAAAGUGUUGGGGAGCCGAAACGACGACGUUGAGGUCGGGGCUUACUUGUCUGGUUUUGCGAUGCCGCAUGAUGGGGCGAAGGAUAUGAGGUCACGUGGAUAUCACAUGGUGUCUGGUGCUGUGGAUGUGGGGCUGUUUAGGAGUGCUUGUGUGGAUGAUGUGAUGAGAUUCAAGAUGAGCAUGUUUGAGGAUGGUUCCGAGAGUGACGAGGGAGAGGGAAAAGAGGGUGAUGAGAAAUAUUGGAGUGAAUGAGAGAGGUUCUUUUUUUUCUAAAAAACAUUAUUUGGACUUUUUGUAAAUUAGGUGAUGUAGUUGGUUGAUGUGCUUUUGAUAUUUUAAAUGUAAAUGACUCUUCGAAUACGUAUUUUGUUUGGUAUUUUUGCAACAAAAUCCUCCUUGUUGAAUUUGGAUUUUCUUAUUUUGCUUAGUAACAUGAUAUGGUCUUGUUGCAGAGGGUGCUGACGACCAUGGUGUUUUGGCUUCACUAUUUUUCAUAUGGGUAUAACGUGGGGAAUUCCAAAAUACAUGCUGUGAAAUUUACUAUCUCAUGCCUAGAGUUUGGCUUCAUUUGGCAUCGCUUGCUAUCUUGUAUGCCUCAAUGAAUCUGUGUGCUGUGUAUUUAUGAUACUACUACUAUGGUUCACAACUGCAGUAUUGUGAUUUUGGAAGUCUUUCAAUGGCAAUUGAGGCUGUAUUGGCUGCUUACCAGCAAUUUUUGUGACUGCAGUUUAAAAUCUUGGGUACUAUUUGUGAAUGAGGGAUAAUCUUGAUUAACAGGAUGGGUUGGCAUUGAUUGAAUUGAUAUGCAGAUAAAAGCAUGAGAGGUUGCACUUAUUGAGAUGCCAGCAUUACAAUUCUAGUUAUCUAGCUUUUGAAACAUGUUGGCACAGCUUUGUUAAUGCAUAAUUACAUAAGAGUUACGGUUAUUUGACUUUUAAGCAUAAGUUGUGGGAGUCUCAGUUCUCAACUCAGUUGCUAUUCUGUCUCAUUCGUAACCUCGGACAUACUUCCGUUUUUUGUUUCUCUUUGGGUCUUCUGGUGACGAUAUAUAUUGCAACUUGGGUCUCAAUAUGAUGGUAAUUAGUUGUUCUCUUACUAUUGGUGUUCUCUGUUUCUCAAUUGUUAAACAAGACAUGGUGUUAUGAUAUUUAUGGUUAA